AUGUCUCGCACGAAGCCAUUCAAGAUAGCAAUAGUGGGUGGUGGCCUUGGUGGUCUUGCAUUGGCCAUCGGACUUUACCGACGAGGAGUUCCAAUACAUGUAUACGAAUCCGCGCCAGAGUUCUCCGACAUUGGAGCAGGACUCACCUUCGCGACCAAUACUAUCCGCGCUCUUGGCCUAAUUGAUCCUGAUCUUGUGGUCGGGUUUCGCAAACACUUCAAGAAAAAUUCGCCAGGAUUCUUCAUGAACAUUCGCUUUGCUGUGAACCCCAAGCCUGGAAAUGAGGGUCAAAACGACUACAAAAUAGGCGAUCUCUUGUAUGAGCUUCGGGACGAGGAAGAAUGUGGGUUAUGGUUGGUCUCCUCCCUCCGAAUCCUCUGUUUCUUCCGCAAAACUUUGGUCGACAUUGAAGAGCUUUCACAAGCUGAAGGAGACGGAGUGAAUAUGGUUUUCUCUGAUGAUACCAAUGCCAAAGCCGAUGCUGUUAUAGGCUGUGACGAUAUUAAGAGCUUAACUAGAGCAAAGAUUGCUGGGAAGGAGAUCCCGCCUCGUUUCACAGGCGACAUUGUGUAUCGACACAUGUUUCCAAUUGAAACUAUUGUUAAAGCGCUUGGUGAGAAACAUGCUUAUAUUCCUCACUUACUUUUCAGUUAUGGGACUAUAAUGAUUCACUAUCUAGUUGGCGACAGGUCUAUGGUCAACAUAGUGGCAAUUCACGCCACUGGUGCUAAUGAAUUGUCAUGA